AUGCCUCCAUCCACCGCCUCCGUCCCCAUCCCAGCCCGUCGGGACCCUGCGGCUGGUACGGCCGUGAGCUCCUACAGCUCGUCUUCUGGCUCGAGCUCGUGGUCCUCACCUCUUCACAACAACAGUCUGAGCUCGACGCCUGGGUCGGCGAAGGGGAAGGGGAAGGCGAAGGUGAGGGAGGGGGAGGUGGUUGCGGUGAGGAGGCCGAGUUUGCUUGGGUUGGGGAAAGGGAGUGCUAACGCCGGUGGUUGGGGGACAGGGAGCGAGUUGUUGAAGAGCGAGUAUACUGUCGUGAAUCUUGCUGAGGGCGGUGGGGUGCCGCGCUUGGUGACCUGCGUAAAAUCCUCCCAAGGCUUCGACUGGAAUCAAGAGCUCUUCCUCCCCUCCUACGCCGACUACGACGCCCAAGACCUCGAGCACAAGCAAGACCCCGUCGAAGACAUCAUCCUCACGGACGAGGAGGCAGAGGCGAUGCUGCCGCAGUAA